UGCUACUUUUUACGACAGAUAUUUUCAAUUAGAAUAUAAAAUCUGUGAUUUGAUUAUUCAAUGAAAUUAAUCUUCACUGUAAUUGGUCGAAUCUGCAAUUAGUUGUGACCAAUGAAUAAAACGGAGUUUGAAAUUUUGCAAUCGUUCACAUUUCAAACUGUAGGCGUGGAUCAGUUAUGUUUGAGUAGUAGUUAAACGUUGACUUCCUAUAAAGAUUGAUAUUUAAAACUUAUUAUAUACAUUAAAAAUAAUAACAUCCCUUUUGUACUUUGUAAAACUUCCAAUAUUUGAAUUGAUAUACGUUUGAAUUUUCUCGUUAUCGAAAAUCAACGAAGUAAGCAGAAAGUUAUCAAAAUAAUGACAUCUCGAUAUUAUACAGUGUGCGAUUAUUAGAUUUUUAAAGUAAUAGAAUAAAUAAUUUUGUGAUAAGUACAAAAGUUUAAAUAUUAAGUGAGUCUGACGAUACAUUAUUAAGUGGUAAAAUGGAAUAUCAAAAUAAAACUUUACAAAAUACGUCUAAAAAACAGCAGGUAGCUGUUAUUAGCAAGUUGCAAAAUAUGCAGUGGCUAAAAAAUAAUGUACCUUUAUCAGGCUAUGUAAAGAAAGGCGUAAAAAAUUUAAAAGAUCUUGAAGUGGUUAAGUCCACUCAUACUUCUGUAAACAAUAACGUAGACUUACCAAACUUUAUUAAUACUAAUUUUAUAACACAUGACAAUAAAUGUAAUUUUGAAAUUGAAACUGACAUAACUGAAAAAUCAGUUCUAUUAACAAAUACGGUAUCUACUUGGAACUUACAAAAUAAAAGAGAAAAUACUUCUUCACUUUUAAAUAAACCAGAAUUAGAUUUAAAACAAUUGGAAGAGAAAGAAAUAAUUAAUAUGACUAAUACUGAUAGUUUGAUCAUACAAAAUUUUAAAAUGAAAUGUAAGUUGGAGGAUCAAGAAAAGGACAAUUCCAGUAUGUUAAGUAUAGCAACAGAGGAUACAAGUCAAGACGCUGUAGUGAGUAAUCUUGUUCCGCUGAAAGUACAAGACAAUAUAAGUAAAACAAAUCAAACAAAUAUUGAUGAUAAAAAUAAUAAUGAUAAAUUGAGUAGCGUAAAAAAAUUGAAUUCAAAAUCUGGUACAGCGAUGACAAUGGCAUUAAAAAAAGAUAACGUCCAAGAAAAAAGUAGUAAUAAUAUUAACUUAAAAGAAAAAAGUCCAGAUCUAUUAUGCACUACUAAAAAUGAUACAUGUAGUUUUAAUUUAUCAAAAACUUCAAAUUUUUCUGCUAAAUCUAAGAAAAUAUAUGAAAAUCAGACUGUUACAAUUGACAAUAAACUCAAAAAUGAAAUGAAAGAUUUUAAGAAGGAAUCUGAUAUGAAGUGUUCUUCAGAAUCUCCAUCAAGAUGUGCCAGUAAGAAUGUUAAAGAAAAUGAACAAAAUAAAACAAUCUCAAAUAAUGUCAACAAGCAAUUUAAAGUAAAUCGUAUGAACUCUUCAUACAGGAAAACAGAAAACAAAUCAAUACCGAAAACAUACAAUGAUUCAUCAGAAACUACACAAUAUUCUGUUGCUAAGGAGAAAAAAUAUUCAAAUUCAUUUCAACCCAUACAAUUAAGAACAACUGCACAAUCAUUUAAUUUAAAUGAAGAGUAUUGUGCUCUUAAUAAUAAAUUAAUAACUUCUGAUAAUAAAUCUGAUAAUGCAAAACCACAUGUAACAAUAGAAACUGAGCAAGUUGCAAAAACACCAACUUUAAAAGAUGAAUGCAUUAAUGAAUUUAUUGAUGAUAAAUUAGUAACUAACUCUGUAAAACAAGAAACGAAUAUAUCUUCUAAAGAGAUAGAAAAAACUGAUGAAAAUACUAUACAAGAUUUUUCAUAUAAUAAUUUCGUUAAUGAAUGCAUAGAACAAAAAGAGAUAUGUAUAAAUUCACCUUUGCAAGAUUUACCAAAUUUACAAACAAAUAACCAAAAUAUUAAGGAAAGUGCUUAUAAUGACUCCUGUGAUAGUAAUCCACAAUUUGAUAAUAUGUACUCUUCUAAUGUUUGGCAUAAUUAUAAAAAUGGACAGCAAAACAUUUAUCAACAACAGACAUCUUCACAUCACAAUUUUAUUCAUCCCAUCACUGAUCCACUUGGAAGAAGUUGUCCAAUAAAUAAUACUUUGUCCUCAUUAAUUCCUAAUGUGCCCAAUUCUGAUGUAAAUGCAGUGCAUUUAAAUCAAUAUGGAAAUGUACCAACUAUGCAAAACAAUUUAAUGAAUACAAGCUCCAUAUCUAAUCAAAACUUACCUACAAAUACAAAAAAUGCAAAUAUGAUGCAAUAUCAAAUGCCAAACAUGGUUCCAUAUAAUAAUUCAAAUGUGGUUAGACCACAGCCAAACUAUGGUACACAUCCUAUGAUAAUUGCAGAUGAGCAAUAUAACUUACAUGGAUAUGGAAUGAAUCCUUUAUAUUGCAUAAAUAAUUGCCCUGUCUGCAGAAAUAAUUAUUUACUUUUCCACCAUUGGAAUUCACCUAAUAUUUAUCCAGCACCAGUAACCAUCGUUACAAAUCCUAAUCAAUGUAAUUGUAUGUUAUGUUGUAAUCAAUUGCAAUCAAACAAUAUAAUUUACAAGACUCCUGGUGCGGUAACACAAAGUCCACCUUAUGUACGGACAGAAGUUUCAUGUGAGCAAAACGUGCGAAGAAAUUUUAUGAAACCUAUAUCUAAGUCUUGGUAUAAUGAUACAAGCUUAAAAAACAAUGAAGCAUAUAACAGUAAUUUAAAGGCACAAGAAGUCAUAAUAAAUAUGCCAGAACAAAUAGAUCAAGAGCAAAAAAAUCAAGACAAUGAGCUAUUAGAUAAAGAAAUUAAUAAUCUUCCAAUAAUAUCACCAAAAGAUUAUAUGAAUUAUGGAAGCAGUUUUCUUGCAAAUAAUAAAGUCACAGGACCUCAAACAAAGUUUAAUGAAAUAAGAGAAUCACCUCAGAGUUAUAAUUCACAAAAUAAAAAAGGCAAUAGACGCUCCUUUCUCUCCAAAGAGUAUGUAUCUAAUGCAAACACUGAUUGUGGAAAAAAGAUAUUUAAACAGCAAUACAAUUCAAGCUAUAAAACACAAUAAUAUGGUUAGCUUUGUUUUUCAUAUAAUUCAUGUAAUAGUUUAUACGAUUGGUAUUAUUAGUAUAAAGUUCUUCCAUUAUUAAUAUUAAGCAAUUUACUUACAAUUUAAUUAAGCAAUACAUUUAUCAUGACUUUCAGCAGAGUAUAUCUUUUUUAAUUAAUAAUAAUAAAAAAAGUAAUUCAUAUA